CGUCGGGGGCGCCUGCAGCGGACGGUGGCGGCGCCGGGCGGAGAGGCCGCGGCUGCCGGGGUCGUCGGGGGACGGCGGUGAGCUCGGGCCUGGGCGGCGGCGGCCGGGGGCGCAGGCAGAGCCCCGCGCCGGCCCAGGGUCCCGGCUAUGGCCGCGGCCACGAUCGUGCACGACACGUCUGAGGCGGUGGAGCUGUGCGCCCCGUACGGCCUGUACCUGAAGCCCAUCACGAAGAUGACCAUCAGCGUAGCGCUGCCGCAGCUGAAGCAGCCGGGCAAGUCCAUCUCCAACUGGGAGGUGAUGGAGCGGCUCAAGGGCAUGGUGCACAGCCACCAGUUCUCCACGCUGCGCAUCUCCAAGAGCACCAUGGACUUCAUCCGCUUCGAGGGCGAGGUGGAGAACAAGAGCCUGGUCAAGUCCUUCCUGGCCUGCCUGGACGGCAAGACCAUCAAGCUCAGCGGCUUCUCCGACAUCCUCAAGGUGCGCGCCGCCGAGUUCAAGAUCGACUUCCCCACGCGCCACGACUGGGACUCCUUCUUCCGCGACGCCAAGGACAUGAACGAGACGCUGCCCGGGGAGCGGCCGGACACCAUCCACCUCGAGGGCCUUCCUUGCAGGUGGUUCGCCCUCAAGGACGCGGGCUCCGAGAAGCCCAGCGAGGAGGUGCUGGUCAAGGUGUUCGAGAAGUUCGGGGAGAUCCGCAACGUGGACAUCCCCAUGCUGGACCCCUACCGGGAGGAGAUGACCGGCCGCAACUUCCACACCUUCAGUUUCGGGGGACACUUGAACUUCGAGGCCUACGUGCAGUACCGCGAGUACGUGGGCUUCAUCCAGGCCAUGAGCGCCCUGCGCGGCAUGAAGCUCAUGCACAAGGGGGAGGACGGCAAGGCCGUGGCCUGCAACAUCAAGGUCUCCUUCGACUCCACCAAGCACUUGAGCGACGCGUCCAUUAAGAAGCGGCAGCUGGAGAGGCAGAAGCUGCAGGAGCUGGAGCAGCAGAGGGAGGAGCAGAAGCGCCGCGAGAAGGAGGCGGAGGAGCGGCAGCGUGCCGAGGAGAGGAAACAGAAGCAGCUGGAGGAGCUGGAGCGGGAGCGGAAGCGCGAGGAGAAGCUGCGCCGGCGGGAGCAGAAGCAGCGGGACCGCGAGCUGCGCCGUAGCCAGAAGAAGCUGGAGAAGCUGCAGGCGCAGGAGCAGAAGCAGCUGCAGGAGAAGAUCCGGCUGGAGGAGCGCAAGCUGCUGCUGGCCCAGCGCAACCUGCAGUCCAUCCGCCUCAUCGCGGAGCUGCUCAGCAGGGCCAAGGCCGCGAAGCUGCAGGAGCAGGAGCGGAAGGACGCGUCGCUGCGGCUGCAGCAGCUGGAAGAGCGGCGGCGGCGGCAGGAGGCGGAGCUGCGGCGCGUAGAGGAGGAGAAGGAGCGCGCGCUGGGGCUGCAGCGCAAGGAGCGCGAGCUUCGGGAGCGGCUGUUGAGCAUCCUGCUGAGCAAGAAGGCGGAUGACCCCCGCGCGCGCGACGAGCUCGCGCUCUCCCACGCGCAGCUCCUGCAGCCGGUGCUGGACAUCCUGCAGACCGUGUCAGCCGGCUGCGUGGGCGCCGCCGCCCUGCACCCUCUGGGGGGCCAGCCGCCCCCCGACACGCCGAAGGACACCCCGCCGCGGCCGGAGAGCGACGGCACGCCCAGGAACGGGACCGGGAGCGUCCCCGAGGAGGCCCCGUGCAAGGAAGGCCCCGAUUCUCGCCUCGCCGCCGCGGGGGAAGCUUCCCCGGACAAGAGGUGCCCCGGCGUGCUCGCCUGCAUUCCCGACAACAACCAGCAGCCCAAGGGCCUGCCCGCCGCCUGGGACCAGAACGCGCCUAAAAAGGACAUCCGUUCCGAGCAAGACAAGUGCAACCGGGAGCCCAGCGGGAGCCGAGGCCGGGCCAGCGGGGGCCGCGCGGAGGACGAGCGGCACAAGCGGGAGAGGAGCCGGCCGCGGCGGGCGGGCAGUCGGGAGGAUGGGAGGCAGCCGCGGAAGGAGCGGCGGCAGCACAAGAAGCGCUCACGCCAGGACGACAGCCCUCCGCGGCGGAGCGCGAGCCCGGCGCACAGCCGGUCCCGCAGGUCGCACAGCAGAGAGCGGUCCAGCCGCCGGGAGAGAAGCCGAGACCGCAGGGGCGGCUCGGGCCGGAAGCGUAGCCGCCAUCGCCGCAGCGAGCGAGACAGGUCGCGCUCAGGGUCCCCCAGCCGGCACCACAGCACCUGGAACAGGUAAUGCGUGGUGG